AUGAGCGGGUUUCUGAAAUACACAGACACCUCGACCGGUCAACUGGUUGCUGAAAUACCAACUCGAAAGGGAAGUCCGACAUCCCUAUGCCAGAACCCUCAUAAUGCCAUCCUACACGUUGGACAUCAGAAUGGAACUGUCAGCUUGUGGUCUCCAAAUUCGCAGACCGCAUUGGUGAAAGCUCUAGUUCACCGUGGCCCGGUACGGUCAGUCGCCGUGGAUAAACAAGGCCGAUACAUGGUAUCAACAGGCCAGGACCAGAAAAUGGCUGUAUGGGAUAUUCGAAUGUUCAAAGAAGUACAUUCAUACUACGUGCAUCAACCUGGCUCGACAGUGACUAUUAGUGAUCGAGGUCUAACGGGAGUUGGCUGGGGAACUCAAGUCAGUGUAUGGAAGGGGCUGUUUCAAGCCGCUCGGGAAGACCAGGAGAAGGUCAAGAGUCCUUACAUGGCAUGGGGAGGUAACGGACAGCGUGUUGAGGGCAUACGAUGGUGUCCAUAUGAGGAUGUGCUCGGUAUAGCGCACGACAAGGGCUUCUCAAGCAUGAUUGUACCUGGGGCCGGCGAACCUAACUUCGACGCAAUGGAAGCCAACCCUUACGAAACUACCAAGCAGCGACAAGAAGCUGAAGUCAAGUCUUUGUUAACGAAGUUACAGCCUGAGAUGAUAUCUCUCAAUCCUGAUUUCGUUGGUAAUCUUGAUUUGACUAGUGACAAGGCUCGACGAGAAGCCAGAGACCUGGAUAAGAAGAAGGAAGAUAUUGCCGAAAAACUAAAGAAUCGUGGCCGAGGACGAAAUAGUGCCUUGAGGAAGUAUCUUCGGAAACGAGGAGGCAAGAAUAUUAUAGACGAAAACAGGUUGAAGGUCGAGGCUAUGAGAAGGGAACAGAACGAGAGGUUGAAGGAGAAACGCCGCAGGGAGAGAGAGGCCUUAGGACCGGCACUAGAGAGGUUCGUGAAGAAGUAG